CUCAGUUGCCUUGGCCUCACCCUGUAUCUGAAGCUGCCCCUUGUAAGUUGAAGACCCAAGUACCGAUGCGGAGCAACCAUGAGUGACCCACCGAAAAGCAGCCUCUUCACCCCUGACCCUUACUACAUCCCGGGCUACGAGGGGUUCUACCCUCAGAUCCGCUACCAGAUUGGAGAAACCUACGGCAAAACCACCUCCCGCCUGCUGACAGACCCGAGUGUGCGGAAGAGCCCUUGUUCUGUGCUCGCACCUCUGGGGAAGCCACGGUUCAUAGAGGACUUUAGUGGAACAAACCAUCCUUCAACCCAGAUGCUCGAUCAGAACUACAGUUACUUUCCCGGAUACAGUGGGUUCACCCCCUACCAAAAUGCCCAGUUCGGAACAUGCCAGCCAACACCCGCCACUGGCUCGAGAGCCCCGCUGCUAAUGCUACUGCCGGCAAAGGGACCACCGUCAUGGGCAGACACAGACACACAAAGUGAGCAGAGAAAAUAUACCCCCUGCCACCCUGGCAUCCGACUGGCUUGUGGGCAUGGAUGGAAGAGUCCGUCCCCGCCUGCUGGCACGCCCCUGGCACCUGAGCCGGAGGAGAGGCCAGCACCGUGCCAGCCUGACAUUGCCCUGGCAUGUGGGCAGCAAAAGAGCCACGGACCCUGCCAUCCUGACAUUGCCCUGGCAUGUGGGCAGGGAUGGAGGAGCACCCCCUGCCUGCGCGGAACCACACAGCCAGUCAGAAUAGAGGGGGUGCCUUUGCCUGCCAUGACUGAGACGGUGGAUGUGAGCAGAUACAAUAUUCUCCCCAAACUGGACGCCCCAAACCUUAUCCAACGGAAAGCCAUUUCAGGCUACACUGGAUUUGUACCGCGCUUCACCUGGAUCAUGGGUGUGAACUACCUCCAGGGCGUGAACGAUGCCAUGAAUGAAUUUGACAGAAAUCAGUCUAUGUUAAGAAACCCAGUGUGGAACUUUGGUAAGAGACUACCACAGACAUAUUGGCCUAAUAAUAAAAUUUACACCAGCGCUGGACUGAUGCCUUUCUACACAGGCUUUGUACCAACCCUCAGACACAGCUACGCCUUAACAUUUGGCAACAGUACCCGCAAAGUCUACCAGAAAAUGCACACGCAAAAAUGCACGCAGUGAAAAAUGCUUUAAUUGCGGUGUCUAUACAGCAUUCGACAUGAAGUCACCAGGAAACAGCAGUGGAAGGUACACAGACAUCAAUAAAGACAAGUUUCUGAAGGGA